CUCUACCACUUGUCACUUCUUCUUGACCGUUGGGCAUCACCAUCAUGCCGGUCCCAACUUCCACAAUGACCACAUCGUCAUCUUCAGCUUCUUCCUCGGCGUCUUCGCACCCUCUCCCGCCACUGACGCCCGUCGCAGCCUCUCUCUCCGCCUGCCGCUUCUCAUCCUGGUACCCGCCACUGCGCAAGGUCUCACCAAAAGCCACGAUUCUCGACGUCUCCACAAUCCAACCAGACUUCUUCGAGUGGCUCGAAGAGGAUGGGCUGAUCCUCCCUCGUGGUAGCGGUGCAGGUGUCGUGGGAGGUGAAGAGGAAGAGGACGAAGAAGAGGUAGAAGACGCAGAUGGAGAGCGGGACGAUGCCUCCUCUUCGAGCUCGGAAGAUCUGCAGCCUCGAGACUUCUCCGUCUUGGACGAGCGGAUCCGGCAGGUCAUAAACAAAUACGACGGGGAAGUGUUUCCGAAGCUGGACUGGUCUGCUCCUCGGGAUGCCGCUUGGAUCCUGCCUGGUCAGACGCUCAAGUGUACCACACCAGCUGAUGUGUACUUGCUACUCAAGUCGAGCGAUUUCGUGGGCAAAGAUCUGCUGCAGAGGGAUGAGAUCAACGGUGUGAAUAGUUCUGAAGCAGGAGGUCAAGGACAAGAUGAUUUGGUGGAAGAGGUGGAGAGUCUGCAGCUCGCUACAGCUCAGAUUGCCCCUGUCGCCUCGACCAAUGACCUCAAGCUCAAUCUCGUCCUGAAGCGGCACUUUGUCGUUGCUCCCUCUCACGAAUUUCGAUGCUUUGUAAGAGCUGGACAAUUUGUGGCAAUCUGCCAAAGAGAUGGCACAUACUACGACUUCCUACAAGCGGACUCUACGAGUAGAGACAUCCGGCUAAAGCUACUCAAUUUCUGGCAUGAGAAUCUCAAAGGGGUCAUCGGAAAGCAAGGUGGCAGCGCGGCGAGUGAUGAAUCCGGUUCAACAGGAGGUGCAGGAGAGGGCCUACAAGACUAUAUCUGGGAUGCCUACUUCACCCGCGAUCGAUCGAGGGUCUUCCUGAUGGAUGUGAACCCCUACCUGCCACGGACUGACGCUCUCUCCUGGGAUUGGGACGAGCUUGAAGCUCUAGCUACGAGAGCUUGGAAGCGUGAUCAUCCGAGUAGCGCAGUGCUGUUGAACGGGCGAGCGUCUGCCGUCCAGAGGUCGUCUACCGAGGACGAGGACGAGUUCAGGGAUGAGGGUGAAGGAGAAGAAGAUGAAGACACUGGAAUCUCCUCCUCUGACGAGGAUGACGGUCCACCCGAUCCACGUGGGGAGCCCUUCAUCCGUAUCUACACCGAUGGUCGACCGCCAACAACGCACUAUCGUCCUUGGUCUCCAACUUCGAAUCCUGCUCCUGCGUCACUCCAGAUGAAUGAUUCAAGCUCAGCUUCAGCGUCAUCAGCCUCAGCAGUACAAAGACGGCGACAUCGUCUCCUCCCACCUUUGCGCCUUCUCACUUCACAGGCCCAAUCUUCACAAAGUUUCCCCACGUACGCGAGCAACAUGAUUCCCCGAGAUGUGGUAGACGUCUCCAAUGGCAGAGGCAUCGAGGAGUUUGCACGGGCGUGGAAGGGAGAGGUGGAGCAGGCUGAGGAGGAUGAGUGAACGUGAGCACGAAGGCUGGGUGGGAUGAUGGGAUCUCAGUGGUCUCGAAGGGCAUGGAGGUCCCCGAGAGGACUAGCUUGUACUGUUGUAUCAUAUCACGCUGCCUACAUCAUCGUCUCUGUCACGUGCAUCAUCAAUAUCAGAUCAGAUCUCAU